UUCAAGCUCUAGCAGUUCCACCUCUAGCGUUUCCAGCCUGGCAGUUCAAGUUUCUAGCAGUUCAAGCUCUAGUUCCAGCUCUAGCAGUUCCAGCUCCAGCAGUUCAAUCUCUCAGUAGCCCUCGCUUCCCCCAGCAGUUCAAGCUCACUCAGUCUCCACCUCUAGUAGUUCCAGCUCAAGCAGUUCAAGCUCUAGCAGUCUGCUCUAGCAGUUCAAGCUCUACCUGCUCAAGCUUCCAGCUGUUCAAGCUUUCAAGCUCUAGCAGUUUCAGCUCAAGUAGUUCAAGCUCUAGCAGCUCAAGCUCCAGCAGUUCAAGCUCUAGCAGUUCAAGCUCUAGCAGUUCCAGCUCAAGCAGUUCGAUCUCUAUCAGUUCCUGUUCUAGCAGUUCCAGCUCUAGCAGUUCAAGCUCUAGCAGUUUCGGUUCCAGCUCUAGGUGUUCCAGCUCUAGCAUUUCCAGCUCUAGCAAUCCGGGCUGUAACUCUUCCAGCUUUAGCAGAUCCAGCUCUAGCUGUUCAAGCAGUAGCAGUUCAUUCUCUGGCAGUUCCAGCUUUAGCAUUUCCAGCUGUAGCAGUUCCAGCUGUAGCAGUUCAAGCUCUAACAUUUCCAGCUCUAGCAGUUCCUGCUCUAGCAGUUCAAGCUCUAGCUUCUCAAUCUCUAGCAGUUCCAGCUCUAGCAGUUCCUGCUCUAGCACUUCAAGCUCUAUAAGAUCCAGCUCUAGCAAUUCCAGCUCUAGGAGCUCAAGCUCUUGCAGUUCCAGCUCUAGCAGUUCCAGCUCAAGCAGUUCAAGCUUCAGCAGUUCCACCUCUAGCAGUUCAAGUUCUAGCAGUUCCAGCUCAAGCAGUUCAAGCUCUAGCAGCUCAAGUUCCAGCUGUAGCAGUUCCAGCUCUAGCAGUUCAAGCUCUUGCAGUUCAAGCUCUCUCAGUUCAAGCUCUCCCGGUUCCAGCUCUAGCAGUUCUAGCUCUAGCAGUUCAAGCUCUCUGAGUUCAAGCUCUGCCGGUUCCAGCUCUAGCAUUUCUAGCUCUAGAAGUUCCACCUCUAGCAGUUCCACAUCUAACAGUUCACGCUUUGGCAGUUCCAGCUCUAGCAGUUCAAGCUCUAGCAGUUCAAGCUCUAGCAGUUCAAGCUCCAGCAGUUCCAGCUCUAGCAGUUUCAAGCUCACUAGCAGUUCAAGCUCACUCCAGUUCCAGCUCUAUAGUUACAGCUCAAGCAGUUCAAGCUCUAGCAGUUCAAGCUCUAGCAGUUCCAGCUCUACCUGCUUAAGCUCUAGCUGUUCCAGCUGUAGCAGCUCAAGCUCUAGCAGUUCCAGCUCUAGCAGUUCAAGCUCCAGCAGUUCACGCUCUAAGUGCUCAAGCUAUGGCAGUUCAAGCUCUAGCAUAUCCAGCUCUAGCUGCUCAAGCUCUAGCAGUUCAAUCUCAAGUCGGUUCAGGUCAAGUAGUUCAGCUCCCAGAUUUCAAGCUCUAGCUUCCAGUUCAAGCUCUACCAGUUCAAGCUCUGCAGUUCAAGCUCUAGCAGUUCAAGCUCACUCGGUUCCAGCUCUAGUAGUUUCCAGCUCAAGCAGUUCAACAGUUCCACCUCUAGCCGAUCAACCUCUAGCAGUUCAAUCUCCAGCAGUUCAAGCUUUAGCAUUUCUAGCUGUACCAGUUCAAUCUGUAGCAGUUCCAGCUCUAGCUGCUCAAGCUCCAGCAGUUCAAGCUCUUCCGGUUCCAGCUCUAUUAGUUCCACCUCUAGCAGUUCAAGCUCUCUCAGUUCAAGCUCUGCCAGUUCCAACUCUAGCAGUCUUAGCUCUAGAAGUUCCACCUCUAGCAGUUCCACCUCUAGCAGUUCACGCUUUGAGUUCAAGCUCUAGCAGUUCAAGCUCUAGCAGUUCAAUCUCUAGCAGUUCCAGCUCUAGCAGUUCAAGCUCUAGCAGUUCAAGCUCACUCAGUUCCAGCUCUAGUAGUUACAGCUCAAGCAGUUCAAGCUCUAGCAGUUCAAGCUCUAGCUGUUCAAGCUCUAGCAGUUCCAGCUCUACCUGCUCAAGCUCUAGCUGUUCCAGCUGUUGCAGCUCAAGCUCUAGCAGUUCCAGCUCUAGCAGUUCAAGCUCCAGCAGUUUAAGCUCUAAGUGCUCAAGCUAUGGCAGUUCAAGCUCUAGCAUCUCCAGCUCUAGGUGCUCAAGCUCUAGCAGUUCAAUCUCCAGGAGUUCCAGCUCUAGCAGUUCCUCCAGCUCUAGCAGUUCCUGUUCUAGCAGUUCCAGCUUUAGCAGUUCCUGCUCUAGCAGUUCCAGUUCUAGCAGUUCUAGCAGUUCCAGCUCCACCAGUUUCAGUUCCAGUUCUAUCAGUUCCUGUUCUAGCAGUUCCAGCUAUAGCAGUUCAAGCUCUAUUCCAGCUCUAGCAUUUCAAGCUCUAGCAGUUCAAGCGCUAGCAGUUCAAGCUGCAGCAGUCCCAGAUCAAGGAGUUCCAGCUCGAGCAGUUCAAAAUCUAGCAGUUCAAGCUCUAGCAUCCAGCUCAAGCAGUUCAAGCUCCAGCAGUUCCAGCUCUAGCAGUUCCAGCUCUAGCAGCUCCAUAUCUACCAGUUCAUGCUCUCGCAGUUCAAGCUCUAGCAGUUCAAGCUCUAGCAGUUCCAGCUCAAGUAGUUCAAGCUCUAGCAGCUCCAGUUCUACCAGUUCAAGCUCUAGCAGUUCAAGCUCUAACAGUUCCAGCUGUAGAAGUUCAAGUUCAAGUAGUUCAAGCUCCAGCAGUUCCAGCUCUAGCAGUUCCCGGUCUAGCAGUUCAAGCUCUCCCAGUUCAAGCUCUCCCGGUUCCAGCUCUAGCAGUUCCAGCUCUACCAGUUUAAGCUCUUGCAGUUCAAGCUCCAGCAAUUCAAGCUCUCUCAGUUCAAGCUCCCUCGGUUCCAGCUCUAGCAGUUCUAGCUCUAACAGUUCCAGCUCUAGUAGCAGCUCCAGCUCAAGCAGUUCAAGCUCAAGCAGUUUAAGCUCUAGCAGUUCAAGCGCCACCAGUUCAAGCUCUAGCAGCGUUCCACCUCCAAUUCAAGCUGUAGCAGCUCAAGCUGUAGCAGCUCAAGCUCUAGCAGUUCCAGCUCAAGCAGUUCGAUCUCUAGCAUUUCCAGCUCUAGCAGUUCCAGCUCUAGAAGUUCAAGCUCUCUCAGUUCAAGUUCUCCCGGUUCCAGCUGUAGCAGUUCGAGCUCUAGCAGUUCAAGCUCUUGCAGUUCAAGCUCCAGCAGUUCAAGCUCUCUCAGUUCAAGCUCUCCCGGUUCCAGCUCUCGCAGGCUCCAGCAGUUCCAGCUCUAGCUGUUCCAGCUCUAGCAGUUCAAGCUCUAGCAGUUCCACCUCUAGCGUUUCAAGCUCUAGCCAUUCAAGCUCUUGCAGUUCAAGCUCUAGCAGUUCCAGCUCAAGUAGUUCAACCUCUAGCAGUUCAAGCUCUAGCAGUUCAAGUUCUAGCAGUUCAAGCUCUACCAGUUCAAGCUCUAGCAGUUCAAGCUCACUCAGUUCCAGAUCUAGUAGUUCCAGCUCAAGCAUUUCAAGUUCUAGCAGUUCAAGCUCUACCAGUUCCAGCUCUAGCAGAUCCAGCUCUAGCAGUUCAAGCUCUAGCAGUUCAAGCUCACUCAGUUCCAGGUCUAGUAGUUCCAGCUCAAGCAGUUCAAGCUCUAGCAGUUCAAGCUCUAGCAGUUCCAGCUUUACCUGCUCAAGCUCUAGCUGUUCCAGCUGUAGCAGCUCCAGCUCUAGCAGGUCCAGCUCUAGCAGUUCAAGCUCCAGCAGUUCAAGCUCUAAGUGCUCAAGCUAUGGCAGUUCAAGCUCUAGGUUCUCCAGCUCUAGCUGCUCAUGCUCUAGCAGUUUAAUCUCCAGGAGGUCCAGCUCUAGCAGUUCCAGCUCUAGCAGUUCAAGCUCUAGCUGCUCAAGCUUUACAGUUCCAGCUCUAGCAGUUCCUGCUCUAGCACUUCAAGCUCUAUACGUUCCAGCUCUAGCAAUUCCAGCUCUAGGAGCUCAAGCUCUUGCAGUUCCAGCUCUAGCAGUUCAAUGA